AUGAGCAGGCUAACCUCUGACCUGCAGACCUGUGAGCAGAGCCGCCUGCAGCUGGUCAGGCUCAGCCCAAGGACAGGGGAGAGGCCGUGGCCCCGCACCACAGUGGACAUCAAGCAGAACACCCGCAAAGCCACCACCUGGGAGGCCCCCAGGAAGCCCCUGGCCACCAAAGCUGCCGGCAAGAGGGCUCCGCCUACAGGAGGGAUCAAGAAGCUCCACGGCUACAGGCCUGGCACCCUGACGCUCUGCAAAAUCAGAAAGUACCAGAAGUCCACUCAGCUGCUCCUGCACAAGCUGCACGUCCAGCACCUGGUGCGCGAGAUCACCCAGGCCAUCAGCCCGGACCUGCGCUUCCAGAGGGCAGCCACUAGAGCCCUGCAGGAGCCCAGUGAGGCCUACCUGGUGCGCCUCUUUGAAGACACCAACCUGUGUGCCAUCCAUGCCAGGCACAUGACAAUUAUGCUCAGAGGCAUGCAGCUGGCCCGACACCUCUGCAGAGCGGUUUUCAAAAGUGAUAAUUCCAAGUAUGGGAAAAACCCAGGUGACUACAAUCUGGAGCAGACACCCAGCAAACUGCAGCAGCCCUACAGAAGAGUGCACCUUCUGCAGCAGGCCAGGCUCAGCCCAAGGACAGGGGAGAGGCCGCGGCCCCGCACCACAGUGGACAUCAAGCAGACCGCCCGCAAAGGCACCGCCUGGCAGGCCCCCAGGAAGCCCUUGGCCACCAAAGCCGUCGGAAAAAGGGCGCCGCCUACAGGAGGGAUCAAGAAGCCUCACCGCUACAAGCCUGGCACUCUGGCGCUGCGGGAAAUCAGAAAGUACCAGAAGUCCACGCAGCUGCUCCUGCGCAAGCUGCCCUUCCAGCGCCUGGUGCGCGAGAUCGCCCAGGCCAUCAGCCCGGACCUGCGCUUCCAGAGCGCGGCCACUGGCGCCCUGCAGGAGGCCAGCGAGGCCUACCUGGUGCAACUCUUUGAAGACACCAACCUGUGUGCCAUCCAUGCCAGGCGCAUCACAAUUAUGCCCAGAGACAUGCAGCUGGCCCGCCGCCUCCGCAGAGAGGGUCCUUAAGAGCCCAAAGGUAGCUAAGCAUAGAAUUGGGAGUGGAAACAGGCAGAAAUCAGAUCUUGGUGGUG